AUGGCGUGUAGGGUGUGUGGCUCCAGGGAAGACCAAUAUUGUUGUCAGCAUGUCAACCGGGAUUUACCUCCCGAACCUGGUUAUAUGACCACCACCAACAAUUCUCACCCUCAUAGCUACUCAAACUUAAACCAUGAGGCGUACAUUAGCAAUGUCCCCCAUUAUUCUCAAUCAGUGGAUUCAUAUCCCAUUGGAAACCAAUCCACACUCCAACUUCAAGAGCCAGGCAUCUCUUAUUCCAGUGGUUACGCACCAUCGACUCAAUUAUUCUGCACUUCAACUGGAAAAAUCUAUGAUUCCUCGUCUCUCUCUCUCGAUCCAGGAGCCUUCACCAACAAUGCACAUUCACAUGGAUCAAGCGUUGGGUGGAUGAAACAAAGCCAUGGGGGCGAUGAAGCAACUCAAUUGAGCUUUGCGAAGCCAGGGCAGUCAAUUGGGCCAGAAGUGGGGUGGCCAAGUUUGGGGAAUCGAGAUGCGCACCGCUCUUUCUAUUCUAAAUACCCCUCAACCAAUUUCACUUCGAUGAAAAGCUCGCAAGCAUAUUCCCUUAGUGGGUGUGAUUUAUCAGGGUAUGUAAGCAAUUGGGAGCAAGAUCCAAGUCAGCAGAACAACCAUGUGGCCUCAGGAAAUGAAGGAAUACAAGUCGCUACAGAAGAUAAUAGCCGAAUGAACCAGGCAGGUAUUGUUUUGAGAGGCCCUAAGCCUUCCGACACAUCGGAGGCUCGUUAUCCUUUCGUCAAUAUGGCCCAAUCGCAGUAUUCACCCUCCUAUUCGUACGAGCAUUCUCGAAUCCAGGAACCUUUUACCGUAGUCGCCACAAAUCAAGAGCCAGCAGCUUUGAACAACCAAACCCAAUAUUCACCAUCAGGCGCUAUAAGUGAUCAGUGGCAGUUUCCUUGCAAGUGUCCACAUGAAAAAUGCAGGCGCAACAAUACAAAGAUCUUUACAGAGUCUUCCGGCUUGCAAGCCCACUGGUAUAGAGCACAUGAAAAGCGAUUCUCCUGCCCAGAGUGCAAUGCAGUGUUCGGGACAGCUGCAGAAGUCAGGCGUCACUCGACGGCUAUACAUGUCGAUGGCCCUAAGGAAUUUACCUGCGAUGUCCCACUUUGUGCUGGCCGCGCAAAGGAGUUCAACAGAAAGCAUCGCUUGAAGGAACACAUGGAGAAGUGGCACGGCUAUUUCUACUGUUCUGCUAUGGAUUGUUCUCGGGGUCCUGGACACGGUUUCAAGGAUCAGACAUCACUGAAUGAUCACCAGGCCAAAUCCCAUGGCCAUGGCGGCUUUAGGUAG